GACCUUCAUUUACCUGUUGCUGUACCUGAAGUUCCCUCCUCACCAAGACAUGAAUUUCCUGCAGACUGGAGUCUUAAAACACGACUUUUAUUUAUGUCUUCCCAUCCUUUUACCUGGGCAGAACAUUUAAAAGCACAAGAGGAAGCCCAAGGAUUUGCUCAGCAUUGUAGAGCUACAGAAACAAACUUGCCACAGAGCAUACAGGAACCAAAACUGUCCACAGAACUGCGCUGUGCCUUUCAGCAAAGCCUCGUUUACUGGCUUCACCCUUCACUGCCAUGGCUGCAGCUGUUCCCUCGGAUUGGAGCAGAUAGAAAAAUAGCUGGAAAGGCUAGUCCUUGGUCACAGGAUGAAGCCUUGCAACAAGUGCUAAUGAGCGACUGGUCUGUCAGCUUUACUUCUCUGUACAAUCUGCUCAAAGCCAAGCUCUGUCCCUACUUCUAUGUGUGUACCUACCAGUUCACUGUCCUGUUCCGUGCGGCUGGUCUUGCGGGAAGUGACGUUAUCACAGCUGUAAUUUCUCCCACAACUAGAGGGUUAAGGGAAGCCAUGAGAAAUGAAGGCAUAGAGUUUUCUUUACCUUUGGUAGAAGAAAAUAGAACCAGAAAACGGAAAAGCUCUGAAGUGAGUUUGGAAACUGAAGUUGCUAACAGCCUCGAAGUGGGCAACAGCAUGGAAAAUGGCGAGGAACUAGCUCCAAGUGAUGAUGAUGAUGAAAGUUUCUCUUGGCUUGAGGAGAUGGGAGUCCAAGACAAGGUUAAGAAACCAGAUGCUAUUUCUAUUAAACUUCGUAAGGAGAAGCACGAGGUGCGGAUGGAUCACAAGCCCGAAUCCCUUGCGUUAGUGAAAGGAACAAACACAUUCACCUUGCUGAACUUCUUGAUAAACUGCAAGAGCCUGGUGGCUGUUGCAGGCCCGCAGGCAGGGCUUCCACCAACUUUGUUGUCCCCUGUUGCUUUCCGAGGUGGAACAAUGCAAACGCUCAAAGCUCGAAGUAUAAAUGCCAAAGCCAGGGUUCACUUGGCUUACGAGGAUAUAUUCAGCUUGGAGAUCGUAGGCCCCAUCAUGCCUCACUCCCUGCAUUCGUUGACCAUGCUGCUCAGGGUGGCGCAGAGGGGAGCCUUCUCUGCUGCGUUACAUACACACGAGCCAACUGCUGUGUUUAACACUAACCUUGACAAUGCGAGCCCUGCCUCAAAUAAGGAACCCACAGGCAAAGACAUUCCUAGGUGUGGACUGCAGCCCGAGGCCUGGGACCAACUGAGUCAGUGUCCAACACUGGGAAAAUCUGCCAUCCGAUUUCUGGAAAUGAAGGAUUACACUUAUACCUGGAAGUCCUAG